GAACUGCAUUGCUGCCAUUCAUUCCACCGAUCACAUUAAAUCCAAUUUUUUCAUUAUCUACAAUCUAGCGAAGACAUCGGUGGAUAUUUGGACAUCGACAACGCUACACCCCCCUGAUGUCGUCGGUGCGUUCGGUGGCUAGGCGCACUCUCGGCACACAAUGGCAGACGCGGUGGCAGUCUCCUGUACGCGAAUUCUGCUCAUAUCCAUCACGUUCAAGCAACCAACGACCAUCCCGUGACGACUCAGACAGAAAGCAAAUUCCAACCGUCAGGCAAAUUGCUGAAAAGGCUGAGCGGGAAGAGCAAGCCUCAUCCCUGGUUGAGCAAUUGUUUCCUGAAGAAACCAAGCGUUAUCAAGCCCAGAAAGCUGUUCCUCGAGAUGUCCCUAAAAAGACUUUUGAUUUACAGGGACCGGCAGAUUCUAGACGACCGGAACCGACCAAGCUUGUUGAAACACGGAAACCACUGCCUCCAAAGCAAGAUCUAAAACAGUGCAAACCAGACGAAGGGGUAUUGUUUGUCCGAAAUGCGAGUGUCAACCUCACACAAGAAGACUUCCUUCGCGUUGUACCUGAGGGAGUACACAUAGAGGGGUGGCGAACGGCCAGCACUGAGUUUGAGCAAGUCGUCCCACUACGCGAUCCAAAUACCCUGGCUCAUCUAGGUCAAUAUUAUCUUGUAUUCCCUACAGAGGAAGCCGCCGAAACCUAUCGCUAUCACGCGGAGAGACUACAAAGGGUUGCGGCGAACAACAUUUCAACCUCGGAACUCUCCCCACUUCCCUACCCACCUGGCUUCCAGGAAGACGAUGUCGAUAUUGAUAAUGCUAUCCGAUCAUACACGUUGGCACUACCGAGUCAGCCUCUACAGUUCUUGCAAUUAAGAUGGCCCUUCAAGCCUGAGGUCAACCACAUUCUCAAGCAUAAGGGCAAACCGCUCUAUCAACAGCGACAUGGCCGAACUCCAUUCGAAGUGCGCUUCGCUAUGGAGGGUCCUCAAUUAAGUGUCGGUGCCCUCCGUCAUGUUAUAUUGGAGGAUGGGAUCGAGCGUGGUCAAAGCUGGUCUGGAGUGGACGGUGGUACGCCCAACAUCUUGGAAUGGGAUCCCGUUCAUAGAGAGGUCCUACUCGAAGAUAGAGAACGGAAGCCUGCGCGCGCGGUGAAAGCGGGUGUCAAAGAAGUUGCUACCCGAACGAUGAACCCCAUUUUCAUCAUCAGCUUUCCCACCAAACAAAUCGCGCAAAGCUUUGUUUGCUACUGGCAUAGACGGACAAUCGAGAAGAAAAAGAUAUCGUCAUGGGAGAUGGAAUUCGCAUUCGACGCCCCCAUAGCGGAUGUACAACUACUUUAGAACUUGUAUGAUAUCGUUGAUGUACACUACUGACUUCAAGCGUCACUACGACUGCGUGCAGGUGAGCAGCAAAGACAGGGAUAUCGUCAAAGGUGUUAUCAUAAGAUUGCGAACAAAGGCAAUCCCUUGAACCUAUUCUCAAGCCGAGGAGGGGGAUUUCAGCCGCUCAUCGACCAAUCUUUGCACCAUUUUCUGCAGCAUCGCUCCUCCGUCGCCCGAGUUGCCUUCGAAGUAUGCCGCGACGCUCUUCUCCACAUAUUUCCCGACCAUGUCAACUUCGACGUUGACAUCUUCACCCUGUCGCUUCUUGCCCAUGACGACCUUCUCUUGCGUGUAUGCGAUGAGCAUGACUUCCCACCAGCCUUCACCGUCGUUCACAGCCGUGAUAGUGAGUGAAGCACCAUCGAGUGUGACAUAACCUUUCUCCACGAUAUAUCGCAAUACGUCA